AUGCACAAAACAACACGGCUAGAAUUUGAAGUUAGUUUUCUCCUUUGGUCGUUUUUCAUGUCUUCUGGUCCUCCCUUUUUCCACAGAAUAAUUCAGAAUGCUUGGAAAAGCAUUGACUUUCCAAAAUAUCAGUAUGAAGGUAACCUCCCUCUAUCUUCACCCACCAGUAUAACCAGAAUCAGGUCCUUAACUUUAUCAGUGCCUCAGAACCAUGGUUCUGAUUGUUUGCCAUUGUACCAUGUUAGCGCAACUGAGGUGGAAAAACUAGACUACAACCCCCCUAAGACCCCCUUAAAUCUUUCACCAAAAAUUGUAUAUUUGACCUUUGCUGCUUUAGGGUAUCAAACAAUAUUUACAUCCCAGGAUCAUCCUUUUGUUCUUGGACCUGCCAUGGUGAUUGCAUUUGCAGCUUCACUCUCUGUGGUGUUGGUAUCAAACAAUGAUACUAUCAAGCGUUCCUACCCAAGGCUUGCAACUAUUGUUGAAAUAAUUGGGUAUCUCUCUUUUACACUCAGUUUCUUGGUAAUGACAAAAGUUUUAUUCUCUGGAAAUUUAAUCUUGUGGAUAAUCAUUGGAGGGUUGACUAUGGUUUGGACCAUGGUAGCCCUCCUUACACGCUUCUCUACAUGA